UUGGCAGUUCUUCGAUUUAAGCACUCAACUACCUCAAUUUUAAACAGAACGAAGUAAAUCAAGAAAAGUAGAAUAAUCUUGGGUUAAAGGACAAAUUGAAAUUGUCAAGUGAAGUGGCUGUACCUUCAUCUGAUUCUGAGCAUGACUGAAAACAAGACCCCAGAAAAAGGAAGGAAUAUAGUUUGCUUCUUUAUUUUCGGAAUCCUUUCUUUAAUUUACGACGAAAUCUGUUUGAUAGCAGCCGAAGACAUUCUUGCAGGAUCAACGAUUGCCACAACAACAGUGAUCUUAUCAAUUGCUAUCCCAGUUCUCGCCAUCAAGCUCACAGCCCCGUGGUUUUUCCAGCGUAUUUCGUAUUUGAAGAAAAUCGUACUCGUCAUUGCAUUUUUCCUUGGAGGAUUAACAGCGCUCGUUUGCUCGCAACGUAUCUCGGGAAGACUCGCUGGCGUGGGUAUCAUAGAGUCUGGAGUGGCUACCAGUGAAAUAACGUUCCUGUCUCUGACUGCGUUCUACGAACAUAUUACAGUCAGCGCUUUUGUGGCUGGUGUGGGAGUGGCGUCCUUUAUUGGGCCCCUUUAUUACACAAGUUUAACCACGUGGUCAUGCCUAGCGCCUCGCACCACUAUUAUGAUGACAAUACCCUGGCCCUUUCUGCUACUCCUCCUCUACGCUCUCUUGGAUAAAGAGCCUUUUGACAAGAAAAAGAAUUUUACCGAGAGUGAAGACAAUCUACUUACAGAAGAUAAACAAGAAAGUAUACAACGCAUCUCAUUCUCGGACAGAUUAAAUGUCGCAAAGGACAUUUUUCCAUUCAUUCUAUUUCUUUUUAUAACUUACUUCUCAGAGUACUUCUCGAAUCACGCCAUUAUCACAACUCUUGCGUUCCCAAAUGCGCCUUUCGGUCCAAGGGACCAUUAUCCGUAUUACAUACUAUCUUAUCAUAUCGGCAAGUUCAUGGGUCGGUCACACUUGUUCCUAGUCGCUGCGGUCAGUCCUAAGCUAGUUCAACACAUAAAGGUCAAACGAACAUGGAUUUUAGCUUUGAUAGCUUUUCUUCACGGUGUCUUUUUCUUCCUAGCUUCGUGGUUUCGUUUUGUUCCUCGUGUCGAAAUUAUCAUCGCACUUUGCAUGACAGAGGGUUUCACGGCAGGGUCAAUGUACCUCAAUUCGGCUCACACGGUAUCUGACUUGAUCGCGGAUCCCGAGAGAAGAGAAUUCGCACUGUGUUUGUUGACUGUAGGAAAUGCCUGUGGCAAGCUGACUGCUGGUCUCUCUGGCUUGUUUCAAGAACCUCUUCUCAAGAAACACUGUGUUGAAGAGCUUAAACUGGGAAAAUAUUGUUUAACAAGACAUAUACACAAAGCAGGAUGGAAUAAAAAUUCGAAUUGUUAAUUAGAGACUUGUUGUAUUAUGUCUUAAACGAGCUUCGUCACGGUUUGCCCAUCUUGAAAAGUUUAGGCUAAAUUUU